GUACAAAUCAACUAAAAAGGGUCGUUGUGCCUUUUCUAAUCGAAGUCGACUCUAAAAGAAAAGGGGGAGACCGACUUUGUCUCCUUUUCCUCGUCUGUUGUUGUUUUCCACUGCGACAGGUGCUGUGUACGUAGCAGACGUAGUGGCUCGUGUCGCUGCAGUUCGCUGCAGUUCGCUGUAGCUCUUGCUGCUGGACUCGACUCAUCAUUUUUUUUGGUUUUCCUCUCUUCAUUUCCUGGCGAUUCAGCUCAUCAUGCAAAGGUCCAUUUCGCGCCUCUUCCAGACGGGUGUCCACAUCCCUCAUGGCGUGAGAUACAACGCAGCGAAGAUCAAAAACUGGCCCAUGCAGGAAGUACCGCAGAACUUCAAGUUUACCAAUGAGCAGCGCUUUAAAACGAAGGCGAUGCCGCGCGAUACUGGCAAGAUCCCGCGCGACUUCCUGCUCUCUGUUCUCUACCGCAACCAACCUUGUGAGGUUUCGUCCUUAUGGGAGCACUGCAUGAACGACCCGCAGAUCGUGCUCGACAGCAAGCGUCAUCUCCGCGAGGUGCUGCAGCAGGCCCGCAGCGAAGGCUUCGUGAGUUUUGAAAAGGAUGCGGUGACGGAGCGGUGGGUGUGCCACCUGACGCGUGAGCGCUUCGAGGAGGUCCGCGCCAUCGUCGGCGCACGCGUAGAGAACCAAGACCUGUACUCGGGCCUGCGUGGUGCGUCCGCCACGGAGACGUCGACCUACUCGGAGAGCUUCCGCGAGAUGAAUGCGCAAACCAAGAAGGAGCACCUGCGGCUGCUGACGGAGCAGGUGGCGAGCACAACGGCGCACCUGCGCAAGUUCCAACGGAUGGAGCUGGACUACCUGCCGUACACCGAUUUGAAUGGUAAGGUGAAUUUCAUGUGGUGGUACGAGACGAACGACGUGCGCGACGUAGCGGCGCUGCCGGAGGCGGAUGCAGAUGGAGACCGGAAGCUGGGCGAGUAA